UAAAAUAAAUAAUAAGAUAGUAAGAAACAAUAGUAAGUAUAAAUAUGUUUAGAGGAGAAAAUUCCCAUUCUUUGAGUUAUGAGCAGCAAGCAAAAUUUAUUCAAGACCGCAUUACAAGCGUUGAAAAGAAUUUUGGGGAUUUAUGUGUCGCGUUUGGAGAUUACGCAAGGAAGACGGCAAGAGUGCGAGACAUGGGCGACGAACUGGCUAAAGUUAUAAAAGACUAUGCCAACAAUGAGAUUGUUAACAAGUCUUUAAGUUCGGGUUUAGAUAACUUAUCUAUUACUCUUACGGCGAUCGAAGAAUAUCGGAAUUGUGAAGUUCAACGUUUAGAAGCGAAGGUUGUCGGUGAGCUAUGUCAAUAUGAAACAAUUUGCAAACAUGCUAGAGAGGAACUAAAGCACACUAUGAACGUUAGAGAAAAGGAAAUGGCGCGGAAGAAAGUUCUGGACAAAGCCAGGGAAAGACAACCAUUUAAUCGACAGCAAGUAACUUAUGCAGAAUCGGAACUAAUAAAAGCGUCGGCUGAAAUGUCUCGUACAGCUAAAGGUUUGAGUGAGCAGACGGAAUUCUUCGAGCGACGUAAACUUCAGCAGCUCAAAUCGCUUCUGUCGAACUUCGUAAUGAUAGAGAUGACUUUCCAUACGAAAGCCGUCGAGCUACUAACAGUGGCUUAUCAGCAGAUCGCUGAUAUUAACGACAGAGCUGAUUUAGAGAAUUUCAAGAGAAAACUAAGAUCUCCCGAAAAACAAGUGAGCGCGGGAAUAUCAGCGAGAUCUUUGUCACUGGCUACACUGAUGAAUCCACAAUCGCCGAUCAAAGAUAACAGUGACACGGCGAGCUUGGGGAGACUAAGGUCGCCAGAUAAGAGUGCCGCAGUCGGAAAGCAACGAUCUGGGUCUCUUGCUGCUUUGAUGAAUCAGUCUUCGUCCAAAGACGAAGAAACGACGGACUCAGAAUCAGAUGAAGAGGAAUCAUCGGAAGAAACUGAAUCGCGUUAAUUAAUUCUUAAA